GAACUUUCGACUCUGUAAGAAGAAGCACCGAAGAGGAAAGCAAAAACAAGCAGGGAAUUCUAAUCCAAAAACUAUACCGGCGGGUUUGGGCCUCGCUGGUCUUGGUGGAGCAGGAGGAUUUCAUUCUGGUGAAAAACAAUAACUGGGUAUCGGACAAUACCCGCACCGAACCAGCUUCAACUGGCCUAGAAACUCUCAAAAUUGCCAAUAUCGCCCAACCGCCUACUUCUACGACUACCCCGUGAGCUUGAAUCUCCGAGCCGACUUGGGCGCGCAGCGAGUGCCUUUUGAUUAUAGAAAAUUCGGUGCAUUUUAAAGAGCCGGUUGACUGAUUCACUUUUUUAGAUUUUUAAAAUUUUUUUGAUUUCUAAUUGGAAGAGAUUUAUUAGAAGGGUGAGUGGUGAUUUGGGUAAGAAGAUGAGCAAUCCUUCCGCGGGAAUGUCUUCAAAGCCCAAAGGUGGGAGCUCUCAGCCAUCAGAAACUUCGUUUAAGCGCAAACGAGGAGUCUUUCAGAAAGAAUUGCAGCAUAUGAUGUAUGGUUUUGGAGAUGAUCCCAAUCCUCUUCCAGAAAGUGUGGCACUUAUGGAGGACAUAGUUGUGGAAUAUAUCACUGAUUUGGUGUAUAAAGCCCAAGAUAUUGGUUCAAAGAGGGGAAAGCUAUCAGUUGAGGAUUUUCUUUAUCUAAUGCGGAAGGACGGGCCAAAACUUAACCGCUGUACGGAGUUGCUGUCUAUGAAUGAGGAGCUCAAACAAGCAAGGAAGGCUUUUGAGACAGAUGAAGAGAAGUUAAGGAAGGCUUUUGAAGCAGACGAAGAGAAGCUGGUGGGGUCAACAGAGUGAUAGAAUUAGUUGUUAUUUGUCUUCUUUUGAAUAUGUUUUUUGAUGGAUAGCCAUUUUAAUUUAUUUCUGUUGCACCGUAAAUUACUGAAUUUUCUGAAAUAAAUACAACUUCUGAUAA